UUUUGGUGUUAGGGCAUCCUCACUCCUCUCCAAACGCAGAAGACAGACAUACGCGCACUGUGGAUGUCAUAGGACGCGGCGUGAGAGUAGCCUAAUAUUAUUUUAAUUUAAACGACACUGAAAGUACACGUACCUACUGGCAUUGAAACUAAUUUUUUUUCCUGAUGAUGGCCUAUUGACAGUGGAAGGUAACCUACCGGAGAGACCAGACCAGGAGCAUCCGUGCACUUUUCCGCGGUAGCAUAUUCUAGACUGGGCUAUAUGCUGCCUAGUCUGCUGUAGUGAAAGCACUGACAGCGCAAGGCACCAACAACUUUUCUAAUUCCUUUUUCAACGUCAACUUUUAAAUUCUGGAAUAACAUCCAACGGACCUCGCGGAUUUCAUGUGGCGAUUCACUUGACAGAAGAAAAUAGUCUGCUUACAUUUUUAACAUACCGAACUUGUUGGGCUCAUCAUCAGCUUUGAAAUAUGUUCAGUAAGUGUUUGGUCGCGUUCUUGAAUUUCUCAAUUCUGGUGCGUGUGUUGAUGGCUCAUGAAUGUAUGCCAUGUGAUAUCCGGACGUGUCUGCCGAAAGCCUGCGAGAGCGGCCGGACUCUGGCCAAGGACCCGUGCGGAUGCUGCGACCAAUGUAUCCGGCUGGAGUGGGAGCCGUGCGGCGGCCAGGACUGGGAACUAGGCUACUGCGCCUUGGGACUAACCUGCGCGGCUGUCAGCCAAACGGGAGCUGUAACGCUCCCUGAUAUAGGAGUUUGUAAAGUUCUGCCUGACAGCCCAGAGGCUGGGUUGGAGGAUGAGCGCUGCCCCCUGCAGACGGGCUGUGACAGAGCGGGGGCCAUGUGUGUGUGUGACUCCCGUCAAUCCUGCCUGGGCUCCUUCUCCUACCCUGACAUGGAAUCCUGCAUGAAGGCCAGCAAGACAGAGAGCCGUAGACAUGAGCACCGGGACAGGCACAGGGAGAAGUUUGUGGGCCCCUCCAACCCAGCCUGCAUGUUUUCUGGGUGCAACCUGACAGCACAGGGCUGUGUGUGUGAGUCCCAGAGCUGCCACCACCACUUCGCCUACAUCAACCGCAGCCAGUGCCAGGAGGCUGCAGAGGAGCUGAAGUGUGCCGGGAUCACAUGCCCUGCUAUGCCCGUGCCUUCCUGCCCUGAGGGCUCGGUUCUGAGCAAGAGCUACACUCCCCCUGCUGGCUGCUGCCCCACCGUGCCCCCCCAGUGCACCUGUGAUCUCCGCGCGUGCCACAAGCCCCGGUGCCCCUCCGGCCAGAAGCCUGUGCCACUCAGCCAGGCCACCGGCGAACCAGGGGACUGCUGCGACGUGUUCGAGUGCCUGAAAGUUUCCCCCAAGUGUGUCCACAACGGGAAGGAGUUUUCCGAGGGGGAGGUGUACCGUAUGGACCCGUGCUGGCUCUGCCAGUGUCGAGGAGGGAUAUCCUUCUGCUCCAAAGCGGAAUGUGCGGAACUGGACUGUGAGAACUUCUACAUCCCAGAGGGAGAAUGCUGCCCCGUAUGCAUAGAUGUGGAGCUCCUGUCCAUGGACAGCACGGAGGCCAGCUGCUGGCUGAACAACAAGCUGCGUGGCCACGAGGAACAGUGGAAGGAGGAUGACUGCACCUUCUGUCAGUGUGUGGAUGGAGAGCCCCACUGUACCGCCAUGGCCUGCAAACAGAGCUGUCAGAACCCCGUCAAGAUCCCUGGAGAAUGCUGCCCCUUCUGCGAGGAGCCUUCGUAUGAGACAGUGAGCCCUAUGCUGUGUCCUCGUCUGGAGAACUGCACUUUCUCAGGGAAGGACUGCCCCUACGGCUUCCAGCAGGACAACAACGGCUGCCUGCUCUGCCAGUGCCUCAACCAUGACUCCUGCCCUGACCUGGGGAAAUACUGCUCCCUGCAAUGCCCUGUGGGAUAUGAGAAGGAUGACUUUGGCUGCGAGGUGUGUGAGUGUAGCUCUCCAAUGCCCAAGUGCCGACCCCUGACAUGCAGCAAGACCUGCCCCUACGGAUAUGUGAGGAAUAAGCACGGCUGUGAGAUGUGUCGCUGUGUCAAGUGUCCCCCCUUCACCUGUGACAAGCACUGCAGCGAUGGCUACCGGCAGAACAGGAAGGGCUGCUCCAUCUGCAUGUGCAAAGAGAGUGGCCACAUGCCAAGCACCACUGCCCCCACCCCUAUGCCCAGCUACUGCCUGACCUCCAACGGGCACCGCUAUGAGAAGGGCGAGAGCUGGCACGACGGCUGCCGCGACUGCUACUGCCACACUGGGAGAGAGAUGUGUGUGCUCAUAUCCUGCCCUGUGCCCAGUUGCCCCAACCCCGUGGUCAGGCCUGACCAGUGCUGCCCCACUUGUGAAGAUGAGUCAGGCAGUGGUCAGCCGGAGGGCAUGGACCUGGUGGUGUGCCGGGCCCCUGGGGGGGAACUCUAUGUGGAGGGAGAGACCUGGAACCUGGACGACUGUACACGCUGCACCUGCAGGAAGGGCCGCGUCCUGUGUGACACUGAAGUGUGUCCCCCUGCUGUGUGUCAGGCCCCAACCAGGAACAAGGACACAUGUUGCCAUGUCUGCCCAGAGGGUCCCCUGCUCCCAGUGAGCACCAGUCAGCAGGAGUACUGUAUCUCCAGCGAGGGAGACGUGCUGUUGGCUGGGGACACCUGGAAGGCCAACGCCUGCACCAGUUGUUCCUGCAACAACGGAACCAUUCAGUGUUUCUCCCAGCGCUGCCUGCCUGCCAACUGCAGGGUGCCCGUCCUGCGCAAGGGCCAGUGCUGCCCUCACUGUCUGGAAAUGACAACAACGUCUGUUCCAAUGAUGGUGUCGACCAAGGCCCCCAAGACCAGUGCUACUACCACAGUGGACAACACAGUCUGGAUCACCACUGCCACUGUGCCUCCUAUCAUCGCUGCUACAGACGGAAACAGCCUGGGAGAGAACUUCCCCAGCCAAACUGAGAUGGCUCUCAUCUACCAAUCAGCAGCCUGGAUACUGGCCUGUCUACUCCUGGCCAUUGUCAUCUUCCUCAUCGUGGCGCUCCUCAUCAACAAGAAAAAGAAGUGGGUGCAGAUGUCCUGCUACAGCGCCCCCAAGAAGACUGUGAUCCUGAAGAAGCAUGUGAAUAAGAACUCGUUGGUGUACAUGGAACCUUCAAAGGAGAACAAGUUCCAGAGCGUGAAGAAUGACUGCGGCAUCAACUUCUCCCCAGAGAUGAGCUCACCGUGUGUGGAAAGAAUGAGCAUCCCUCGGGCUAAGCUGAGUAUGGGCCAGGGCAGGGGGCAGCGCUAGAUCCCUCCAGGCCCCCUGACCACCAGCCCUCUAACCGGACUCCCAAACUCUACACCGCCCACAGGGCUACCCAGCACUUCCUCUUCUCUCUUUCACACAUUUCCAUGGUGAUCGAUCCACAAACUAUACAUUGUACUGUACAGCCACACACAUGCCUGGGAUUCCCCCCCUUCUCUCUCUCUCUGGCAGUAAAACUGAUGAUCCACAACGAAACACAAAACAAUGCAACUUCCUGUUGCUUUAUCAUACUGCUAUAUCCUGCGUUUGGAGCUUUACUGUGGCCUGGCUGCUGGUGCAGUGAGGAGAGACAGGGGAGGCAGGAGGAUGUGGCCAUUCUGGGACUUUGCCAUACAGUUCACCACAGACAGAGUGACAGUCAGAGAGACUACUACUCAGCCAGAGAGCUCUGGACUGUGAACAUUAUCAUUAUUGCUUCUCGCCUCCUCUGGAACUGGAACAUGAAGCUAAUAGGAGGAAUAUAAAAAGCUUUAGGACAGCGGUUUGGGUUCUAGUCUAGAGGGUCUCCAGUCUGCUGGUUUCCAUGUGCUGCAGCGCAGCACUCAAUUGAUCAACAAUUGUUUUAGAUGUGAAGCCAAUUUAACUUGUCUUCCAGUUGUAAUCAAAAUUGGAUGGGAGGGAUUAGCAGAUAUGGCUAGAUCCAUGACUCUCUCCUCUCCACAGUCAAUGACUGAGCAACAUCAAAACCCAGCAGACUCAGGGAAAAGAGACCCAUACUCCUGCUUUAGAACGUGUGGUUUCCAUCUUAGCUUCUUUUUUUUUGUAUUUCUAUGUGUACUAGUUGUAGUGUAUUUCUUGGUUUUGUUAUGGUCUCCAUGGUGGCAAGAUUAAAACAUUGUAAACGCCAGACUAAACAUUACCCAUUAACGCAGAGGAAGGAUACUCUUCUCUUCCCACUUACUGUAGUGGUUUCUGUCUGCCUCAAGGAUGAUGACCAAGUCAUUCCAUUCAGAAAACAACCAACCACCCUGGAGAGAGGGAACAAAUACAGUAUGAGUGAAUGUAGUCUUCCUCAGCUGUGAAGCCAGUGUGUCUGUAAUACAGGAGGGUCCUUCAUCCUUCUCUACAUUUUACAUUUUAAUCAUUUAGCAGACGCUCUUAUCCAGAGCGACUUACAGUUAGUGAGUGCAUACAUU